UGAAACGAAGAUCAUCAGUAAGAGAUACUGGAACUAAAGAGAAGAGUGAUCAUCACGAAAUGGCGCUUCAAGCGCAAGUUCAGCUCCCACACAACCUCGAUGCCAUUCUUCAAGAGGCAGACUUACAGAUUAACAAGUCCUCCGACAAUGUGAUUGAGCAGCUCCACGGUGGAAUCUUCUUGAACCAAAACAAACUGAAGUUUUCGGUUGAUAAGCUUUCUGGUGCGAACACCUUUGAAAUUUAUGCAAGGGGUCUCACAAUUGCUUGGGGAAACGAUGAACGUUAUUGGAAGUGGACUUACAUGCAAGACACAAAAGAUCAUCCUGUUGAAGUGGAGGUGGCUGAACUAGUAAAAGUCUGUUGGCUUGAUGUGAGCAAGAAAUUCCCUACACAAAAUCUCACUCCAAGGCAUAAUUACGAAGUUUCGUUUGUCUUAAUGAAGUUGAAAGGAUGUGAAGGAUUUCAAAACCAUCCAGUGAACUUGAAACUCACCCUCCCCAAUCAACCUCCGAUGGAACACAAACAAGAUUUGAGUAUAUUGCCAGAAAACAAAUGGUCAGACGUCCCCGUGGACAUGUUUUCGAUUAAUUGCUGUAUGACUGGGGACAUGGAAAUCUCUAUGUAUGAGCACGGUUCGCAGUGGAAGAAAGGGAUUGUUGUCGACAAAAUCAUCAUUCGCCCCCUGGUGCAGCCACAGAACUGAACAUGAGGAUAAUCAACAAUGGGACGUUUGCAUUAAAAGUUUCUAGAUCGAUGACAAAUAAUUUAGUUAGCAUGCGUCUCAUGUUGUACUAGUAGCUCUCACUAUGACUUCGUAAUAAAUAAAAAUGUGAGAGUUAUAUAUGUGAUAAUAAACAACAGCAAUAAUAUGAGAUUGCUUCAUAAAAA